UGGUGCCCAAUGUGCCUCCAGCAGAGAGCAGUGCUUGGUUGGAUGUGAGCGCCACAGAUCUGUCUCUACUUCCAGAGCGAAGAUGGCGGUCUCGGUAUUCCGUGGCGUGCGGCUUCUCUCCAUUGGAGACGCGAAUGGAGAUAUACAGCGGCACUCAGAGCAGCAGCCGCUGCGGUUAGAAGUGAAGACAUCACAAGAUGCUGCCCUCCUCAAUCUCUCCAAUGGAGACGAGGCGAGCGUGUUCAAAUGUUCGGUUUCCAGGGAGACCGAGUGCAGUCGCGUGGGGAAGCAGUCAUUCAUCAUCACAUUGGGCUGUAACAGUGUGCUGCUGCAGUUCUCCUCACCUACAGACUUUCAGUCUUUUUAUAACGUGCUGAAGAACUGUCGUGGGCAUCUUGGAGAGCAAUCUGUCUUCAGUGAAAGAACAGAGGAGUCCUCUGCUGUACAGUAUUUCCAGUUUUAUGGCUACCUCUCCCAGCAACAGAACAUGAUGCAGGACUAUGUUCGGACAGGGACUUACCAGCGGGCCAUUCUCCAGAACCACACUGACUUUAAGGACAAGGUGGUGCUGGAUGUGGGUUGUGGCUCGGGAAUCCUCUCUUUCUUUGCAGCUCAAGCUGGAGCUAGGAAGGUGUACGCUGUAGAGGCCAGCACCAUGGCACAGCACGCCGAGGUGCUGGUGAACAGCAACCGUCUGGGGGAGCGUGUGGCCGUCAUUCCGGGCAAAGUAGAGGAGGUGACGCUGCCGGAGCAAGUUGACAUCAUCAUUUCAGAGCCCAUGGGUUACAUGCUGUUCAAUGAGCGCAUGCUGGAGAGCUACCUGCAUGCUAAGAAGUUCCUCAAACCUAAUGGUAAAAUGUUCCCCACUAUUGGAGAUGUCCACCUGGCCCCCUUCACAGAUGAGCAGCUGUACAUGGAGCAGUUCACCAAAGCCAACUUCUGGUACCAGCCCUCCUUCCACGGUGUAGACCUCUCUGCCCUGCGGGGGGCAGCAGUGGACGAGUAUUUCCGCCAGCCAAUUGUGGACACGUUUGAUAUCCGUAUUCUGAUGGCCAAGUCAGUCAAAUACACAGUCAACUUCCUGGAGGCCAAAGAAGAGGAUCUUUACAGGAUAGAGAUUCCCUUUAAGUUCCACAUGAUGCAUUCGGGCCUGGUGCACGGCCUGGCCUUCUGGUUUGACGUGGCUUUUAUUGGAUCAGUGAUGACAGUGUGGCUAUCCACAGCACCCACAGAGCCUCUCACUCACUGGUACCAGGUGCGCUGUCUCCUGCAGUCUCCUCUUUUCACCAAGGCUGGGGACACUUUGUCCGGCACUGCGCUGCUGGUGGCCAACAAGAGACAAAGCUACGACAUCAGUAUUGUUGCCCAGGUGGACCAGACAGGAUCAAAGUCCAGCAACCUCCUGGACUUGAAGAACCCCUUUUUCAGGUACACAGGCACUACCCCCAACCCCCCUCCUGGCUCACACUACACCUCCCCGUCUGAGAACAUGUGGAACACAGGGGCAGCCUACAACAUGAGUCAGGGGAUGGCUGUAUCAGGGAUGCCCGCAGCUUAUGACCUCAGCACAGUCAUUGGCAGCGGCCCGUCAGUGUCUCACAACAACCUCAUCCCCCUGGUGAACACAGGGAUUGUAAAUCAUACCCACUCCAGGAUGGGCUCAAUCAUGAGCACAGGAAUUGUCCAGGGAGCCACUACGGGUCAGUCCGGCCCCAGUAGCAGCGGUACUUACUAUCCUGUCACCAACCAGUUCACCAUGGGGGGCGCUGCCAUCUCCAUGGCCUCACCUAUGGUCAUCCCUAGCAACACCAUGCAUUAUGGCAGUUAAGACGAAGACCUCGCAAAGACCUCCUAUGCCCCCGCAUGAGAAGAUUCCCCCUUCCCCUCCCCAACCCAGAUUGAUCACCAACUGCAGCCAAAACCAGUAUACCAAAACCAGCUCUGUGCUGGAGAUUCCUUUUUGUUCGACACCCUCUUUCUGCUCUGUUGAAUCAUCGCUAGAUGAACCGUUGAAAACUCUCGUUUCCGUCCAGACUCUUGUCUUUCCGAAAGCCGAAGCCUUCCUUUUCCCCCUCCCUCACUGGGACUGUAUCAUCUGAGAUGCACAGCAGUUUAUCAUCUGACCUCCCUGGGUUUCCACCCUCCUUCGAUAUGUAUUUCAAUCCCUCCACCUCCCUUAUUUUCUCUUUAUAGCUCAUUAUUUAGAUGUCAUGACCCUGCGAGUGUUUGUCUUUCCUCAAGAAUCCGCUUGUUGUCAGAUACCAACAUCGGUCCGCUCCCGUGGUUCUCCACACUUCCUCACCAGUGAUGCUGAAGCUUUUCACUUGUGCAGUAGGACACUGUUAUCAUGAUCAUCAUCACUGCGUCUCUACAGGUGCCACCUUAGAUUUUCAUACUGGAUCCAGCCAUGUUCCCUCCACACUUCCCCAGAGACUGAGCUGUGCCGAAUGAAACGGCCCCCUCAAAUCAUUAAACAAACGGCAUCUUGCUUACUCCUACUCAUGCAGUUUGGGUUUAGGCGGAGGAGGAUGGAUCACAAACUGAAGCCAUCUACAAGUCUUGGCACCCAGAGGAGUAGAAAUAUUUUUUUUGUGUUUUGUUGUUUUGUUUUUUUAGUGGCUUGGACAGGCUGACCCUCAGAGUUCUGCUUGGAAGCAUUGGUGUUGCUCUAUCACCUUCCAUGCUGAGUCAUGAUAACAGAGCGUCUCAGUGUCUGCUAUAAGUUGCUGUUUGUUGACAUCACCAGUCUUUUAAAAUGAUGGCAUUCUCCAAUUCAGACAGGUUACCUUUCCGUUAAUGUUGUUCAGCGUCUCAUUCAGACAAAUCCACAAUAUGUACACAGCGUUGCCCGCAUGUGGAGCCAGCACUAAUUCUGGUGGAAUUUGACCCCAUUUCUAAAUGUUUGGGUCUCUCUGCUGUUGUCAGUCAGAAGCGAGUCUCCUUUUUGUGUGCGCGCUGCUGUUUAGGACGUUCAGAGUUGUAACCGUGUGUGUUUCUAUCAGUAAAUGUGACUACACUGAGACUUGUGUGAUGAUAUAAGUGAUGCGUAAAUGUUACUAGGCCUUAUAAGAUGACUCACUGUGGUUAAUAUCUGAACAGGAAACUUGAAGAUGCCCUCGGGUUAAUGGAAAAGAGCGACUGAAUGGUUGGGGCUUUUCAGUAAAUGCUCCUGUGUGCCAUUCAGUGUGGCUGCGCGUGCUGUUAGGGUUAGAGUCCUACUUACCCACGGACUCUGAAAGAAUGAGUAGCUGAAAUAUUGGUGUUGCAGAUGGGAUAAGUUGGGAUGCUAACUUACCUCAUCUUUGCAUAAUACCACUUUAUUCGACUUCCUGUUUUUCAUAUUAAGAAGCAGUAGAACUGUUCAGAUUACCGACUCACACCUUCUAAAAACAGUAGGUGUCUUAGAUGGAUUUAAUAUCUUGAGGAAAAUCACAGGAAAAUAAAACUUGAGGAAUCGGAUGCUUUGACGAGCAGCAGUAGGAUGCUGUGUCUGCACAGGACAUUUCCAGCGCUGUCUUCAUUGUGGCAUUGCCACCGUCCAAAGUGAAUACAAAAAUUCAACAAGACACCAUUAGAGGAGUUGCAGGAAGAUUUUUUUUUUUGUCCAGUCUUUAUUUCGUGUUAUACAACUGAAUUUAGCAUGAAGUUCACACAUUGAAAUUCAUGUUUUUAAAUCAGAGUUUUAAGGCAAAUCUGUAUUUGAGCUGAUGACCUGUUUGAUCCUGUGGGGUUCUUCAUAUUCCAGAUGAACAUGUUUGUCACCACUGUAAACGGCUCCAGCUCGAUAUGAAAGGGUUUCUGAUCAGUGCGUGAACUGUACGACACUUACAGUGGUGGUAGCAGUAAUAGAUGGUCAGGAGAUGAUAAACUUACAGCCGUUCACUCAUCCACAUCGAUCUGUAAUUACGGCCCUGUCAUAGUAGUCAGCUUUAUUCUUGGCUUGCUUCAGAGUUGUGGAUAGUUGAACUUAUUGUCGGCCACUUUACAGCACAGAGUUAUUUUUGGCUGCCACCAAAUUUUGGCUUUUGUUGGUCUGUGGUUGCCAAAUAGCUGCUAGCUGCUUGCCAUGUCUCUUUAGGGACUUGUGGAAGAUUUGAUUGUUUCUCGUACCCAACAUGGAAGGUGACGGAUCGCACAGUCUGAGAGAAGCUAGAACAUUUCAGCCCUGUCAGCCUAAAAUAUGAAAUGCACUUUCUGCUGCUGCUCAUGUUUUCUGCACCCAGAAGGUUUUGUUUUUUUUAAAUCAGAAUAAAUUGCAGCAGCUUCUUGCCAGUCAGGCAUUUGUUGAGCCAGAUUGCUUCGGUGCAGUUGGAGGAAGAUUUGGAGAAUGAACCAGUAAAGACCAAUGACCCAGGAUGCAGCCAGCUGGCUAGCGGGAAAAGAAAAGCUGUGCCGGACCGGCAACGUCCUAGUUUACAUCUUUGUUUCCUUUGCCUGAUGCUCCUCCCAAACUCCCUUUGAGACUGUGAGACUGUCACAAGUAGACUUCAAUGACAAGGCGAGGGAGAAGGGGCCGGUACGCCUCUCUCCUCGGCUGUUCAAUGUGUAUGACCUCCAACAUAUCAUUGCCCCAACACACACACCCCUGCCCACACCCCCUUUUUAUCAGUCAAGGAAAGAAAGACUGACACAUUUAUGCAUUGCUUCCAGUGUCACAACUAUUGGAAUUUGAGUUAGUAGGAGUGCUGAGGGGGGAAAAAUGUCUGUUUGUAGGAAUAACUUUUUUUGUUUUCUUGAUAUUUUUUUUUUCUUUAUUUCACAAAAAAAGCAAACAAGGAAAAAAGCGCAAAUUAAAUGUUGUGGAAAUGUUUCAAAACCAUCCUGGAGUCAGGUGUUGUAGUACUUUAAUUUGUUAAAUAGACUGUGGAUACAACAGAUGUUUACCAUGUUGUAGCUGCUCUAUAGCCAUCGUGUCUCUUCUGUCAUGGAUUCAUUGCUCUGUGUAGUCAUAGUGGCAUCCACUUUGACCAUGGAAGUGUAUGAGGAAGACUCACUGUCAUGUUCUCUCAUUUGUGUGUUCACCAACUAGUAAUAACACCUUUCUCACUGUCUGA